GGUGGGGGGAGUCCAGGGCAAGGAGGCAGGACCCAGCCAACUUCCACACUCACAGCAGGAAAAAGUCGGGAAAACACAUCUGUCCCCCGCAUGUUGCUGUUUCCUGGUGGCCCUGCGUGAGUUUUUGGAAGCUGUUGCGGUGAGUACCAGCGGGGCAGCGGUUCACCGGAGCGCUGCCGAACGAGUUGCCGCCACUUGGCCGCUGUUGAGGGCGGUGUAGCAGCGCCGCAACGCCGGGACGGUUCGCUGCGAUGGAGAACAUGUACUAACCGGAUUUUUUUGGAAUUGUUUUUCCUUGGAUUACUUGCCGGUUAAACCGAGCCGCCUCGGCUUUUUUUUUUAUUUUUUUUUAUUUUUUUUGAUAAUCUCUUCGGUUCCUCUGGUAGUGUGGAAUAGUAAAUACUUUUUUUUAAAAAUGCCUGCAAAAACCAAGUAUAACCUCGUUGAUGAUGGGCAUGAUUUGAGGAUCCCGUUGCACAACGAGGAAGCGUUCCAGCAUGGGAUCAACUUCGAGGCAAAGUACAUCGGCAGUCUGGAUGUGACGCGGCCGAGCAGCAGAGUGGAGAUUGUGGCUGCGAUGCGGAGAAUACGGUAUGAGUUCAAGGUGAAAAACAUCAAGAAGAAAAAAGUCAACAUUGUGGUGUCUGUCGACGGCGUGAAAGUCAAUUUGAGGAAAAAGAAAAAAAAGAAGGAGUGGACGUGGGAUGAGAGCAAGAUGAUGGUGAUGCAGGAUCCCAUUUACAGGAUAUUCUAUGUAUCUCAUGACUCCCAGGAUCUGAAGAUUUUCAGCUACAUAGCCAGAGAUGGACAGAGUAAUGUGUUCCGCUGCAACGUCUUCAAGUCCAAGAAGAAGAGUCAGGCCAUGCGUAUUGUACGGACAGUCGGCCAGGCUUUCGAGGUUUGUCAUAAACUGAGUCUGCAGCACACACAGCAGAACGCAGAUGGACAGGAGGACUGCCACAGCGAAAAGAACGACUCCUCGGUCACAGGCGUGCGUGCUUAUCCACCUGUAUGUGUGUGUACUUUCCUCGGCUCAGCUCGGGAGCUAACAGGCGCAGAGAAGACAGCAUCUGUCACCGAGGAGACAGAUAUUGACGCCGAGGAGGUGAGCCAGGUGCCGGCAGCAGAGGAGUUAAACCUCAAUAGAGGGGUGACUGAUUUGGACGCCACAGCCAAGACACCUGACCUGAACCACUCAGAGAACAAGGCUUCAGAGGAGCCAUCUCUGCUGAUGUCCAGCCCCAGGAUGCUGCUCCCUGCAUCGGGCACACUGCCACCAGGUGCCCCCCUGUCUGUCCACCACCAGAUCCAGCUCCUCCAGCAGCAGCUCCAGCAGCAACAGCAGCAGACCCAAGUGGCCGUGGCACAGGUUCACCUGUUGAAGGACCAGCUGAGUGCGGAGGCCACGGCUCGGCUGGAGGCCCAGGCUCGAGUCCACCAGCUGCUGCUGCAGAACAAAGACCUGCUUCAGCACAUCUCCCUGCUGGUUAAACAGAUCCAGGAGCUGGAGACCAAGAUGUCUGGACCCAACUCCAUGGGAUCUCAGGACAGUUUACUGGAGAUCACCUUCCGGUCUACGGUGCCCUCAGUGAUGUGCGACCCCACCACGCCUAAACCCGAGGUGUCCGCCAUCAACCUGCCCGCACUCUGCACCACCGACGGGACCAGCAACGCCUUCUCAUCUUCCAAUGGGAAUCUGGGAAGCCCCCUAGUCGAUCAAAGUAUGUUUGAGAACUCCAUUGCCCAGCAGCAAAGUCCACAGAUCUCCAGGCCAGGCCAGACCUCGGCCCGACGCUCCCCAGCGUCAGCUAAUCCUAACCUGGGGUCCAGCUCCAUCGACUCUCCAUCCUCCGGAGGCCAACAGAGGCUUAAGAAUGCCAUUAAUCUGGGCAAAGCUGUCGGCGCAAAGGUCAAUGACUUGUUAAGAAGAAAGGAGCCCAGCCACAUUGGGGACAUUGGGGUCACUGAGGUUAACAAGAAUGUCGGUGCUGUGUGGAGUAUGGACCAACUCAACCAGACCACUGCAAACAGCCACAUCUCCUCCUUCGACUCCUUCCCGCGGCUCGACCCGCCACCCCCAUCAGGAAAGAAGCGCCUCCCUCGGGCGCUGAAGACCACCCAAGACAUGAUGAUCUCGUCUGACCCCGUGGUCUCCUCUCCGGACACUGCCGAGUCUUCCACCGUCAUCUCCUCUCCUGACAAGACACCCCUCAUCGCCAAGGAGGAGCUGAGGAUCAAUGAGGAGCAGCAGCAGGGCGAGAAGGAGGAGGAGGGGUCAGAAGAGAUCCCGUUGUCACUGGACCCAGCAGAGGAGAAAGCUGCUGCUGAUUUGGAGACGACGGGAAGCAACGGCAAGGUUGAUAGAGCGAUAGAAGGAGAAGAAGAUGCUGUGGAAAACGGGAGCACUGAAGGAGGCGAGGAGGAACAUCAGUCCCAGCUCCAGCUCUCUGUGCCAGACCUCAUCAACAAAGACCCCCCGCAGCUGGAGCCCAGAGCUAAGCCCUCCGACGUCUGGCAGAAGGUGUCAGACUCCCGGCUGGCCUCCACCCCCUGCUCAGGGAAAACUCCCUGUCGCAUCAGCCUGGGCGAGGAGGUUCUCAUGGGGAACGGCGCCCCCUACAGUAAAGGCACCGGAGUGAGUCCUGAAGACUCGGAGCCCCACCCAGACCUGCUGUCGUUUGAGUAACCAGCACAGCCGGGAUCACCAGUUUAAUAUGUCUCAAAAAGUUUGGAACUCUUUCUUCUAAUUCCGACUGCAGAUGCUCAAGAGGUAAAUCAAACAGACUUCAAUAAGAACUGCAGAUCAAAUAUUCACUGCCACUUUUAAUUAUAUAACUCGCCCUGCUCCAGGGUUUGCUUGAGGAAAAGGGAACAAGUGCUUCCAGGAGCCAGGACAGGGGCCGGAUCUGAUGCUUUUUACCUUUUUAGAAACUUUUUAGAUGAGUUUAAAGGUCACGGUGAUACAACCUGGCCCAGCUAAUGACACUGCCAGCUUCUUCCUAGUGAUAUGAACACAAGGCUGACCAGCACUAGAUAAUGAAUAAGCAGCAAGAGAGAAUAUGGCUUAGAGGUGAGGGUUCAUUAUUAUAUAUAUAAUGCAGAGGAUCUUUUUUUCAAAUGUAACAUUUCAAAUACAGAACACAUAACUAUUGAAGAAUAUAAUUUUAUCACAGUGUAGUCAUCAUGUUUUAGCUCUAAGAACGUGUCAUGUCUGCUUUAGGAAUGCAAUAAUGCCAGAUAAUGUAAUAAUGAAUGUAAUUAAUGGAAUGAAAUAUCCCUUUAAAUGGGCUGAAAAUGUAAAAUCCUGUUAAUGAAUUUCUGGCAGGCGUAAAACAACUCCAAAGUGAUAUGACUGUUUCCUGAAAAAGAAAAAAACAUUAUUACUUCAUUUGUUUUUCUAUAAAAGUUUGGGUUGUACUAAUCAGUAUUAAGUUAUUAUAUUAUCAAGCCGUUAAUUUCAAAAACCCUUUUUGACAUUUUUAGUCCAUGUCAUACAAACGCUGCUACAGUGAAGCCAAUUACUAACUGCGACUAAUAUGAGUUAUACAGCGACAUCAUUUACAUCCAGUAUAAUUAGAAUAACUAAGUUUUAGCAGUGGAAUCAUAUUUGUAGUAAAUCUGGAGAACUGAAUGCAGACUCGGGAGGAGUUGAAGGAAACGAGAGGAAGAGGCUGAACGAAUGUGAAUGUGUUAGAGAAGGAAGGGUCUCGGGGGAGUUCACUUUCAGUUCAUUUGGUACAAAAUGUCAAGCAGCAGUUUCUGUCGGAGUUUGACCAGGACUGGAAACCUUUUGACCCUCAGCGUCAUCCAUAUUCAAUUAUUUCUGACUCCUUUUUGGUCCAGUAGGAGGUUUAGAAGUUGCUCUCUCCUACGCUGGCCUUUGGCACAGAUUGUGGCCCUGAAAGUGACUAUUGAAAGCUCUCAGCCAGUAGGGGUAUUUAUCAAAAUCCCAAUCAAUAGGUAGAUUCUGUUUUGAUUUUUUUUUUUAAAGAGAAGAGAAAUCUGGGAUUUAUUUAUUCAUAUUUCUGAAUACUUAAAAAAAACUGGAUGAAAAGAUUGUGUAUAUCAAUAUGAAAAUCCAGGUGUAAACUGGAAUCUAAAGAUCUCUGGGCACUUUUUGUGACUCCAGCAGCAAUCUUGGUUUUGCCACCCAUUUUUCUGUUCACUUCCUAUUGCUGGAAGCAUAACCUGAACUGUCUCCACCAGUUCGGUUUCAGUUCAGAGUGAAACAGUGCCCUCUGGCAGCAAGAAACAUAAUGCUGGGAAUUAAAAUCCAUGUGAAAAAGUUCAUUUGUUAUACUAAUUCAAAAAAAAAUAAUUAUUUAUGGGAGCAGAUUCAGAUUAUUUACAUACAUGCAUUACCUGCGUGAUGAGAAUGGCUUCCAUCGAUGACAAAAUUUGAACUGGAUGAACCUGAAAGUGGAAUCUUAUUUCCCCCCGAAAAACCCUGACAGAGAGUCUCGAUGGAUAGCUGGGCGGCAUGUGGAGGGCGGGCUAGUGAAAAGUUAUUUUGGAGCAAAAGAGAGGCAAGAUAAUGAGCUGUCAACAGAAAGAGAUGAAAGAGGUGUAUUUUAUUCAAGCAGAUCAUUAAGUGACAGACCAAAGACACAAAUUAGCGGCUCAGUCAGACAGGUUGUUUUUGUCAUAUUGUGUAAUCGCUCUGACAGGUUAUCUCCACCCAAGUUUAGAUUUGAGCUGUCUGUAUGAAAAGAGAAGCAAUAAUUCAUGCAGAAGAAUUUUUGUUCUCCUUUAUUUUCACUUCAUCUACUAAUGAAAAAGUGAAAACCAAAGUCAAAGUAGUUAAAACACUUUUGGUAAAUCUUAAGACUUUUUGGACUCAUCGGAGAGAAUCUGGUGUUAGAGCUUCAACGAUUGCGAAUAAUUCAUAUAUGUAUCUGUUAAAUAAUCUGUGAUUUUUAAAAUGUAUUGAAAAAUCAAUCAGUUUGCAUUUGUAACCCUAAAAAAAGAAAUUCCAAAUACUCUGAUUUCAACUUCUCAAAUGUGAACAUUUUCUGGUUUCUUUAGUCCGCUAUGACAGUGAACUGAAUAUUUUUGGGUUGUGGACAAAACGAGACAUUUGAGGACGUUUUCUGACAUUUUAUGGACCAAACAACUAAUCGGUUAAUUGAGAAAAUGACCGACAAAUGAAACGAUAAUGAAAGUAACCGUUAGUGGUAGCCUUAUCUGCUGUGUUCAGCUGCUUAAAGAUGAGCUAACAUUAGCAGUAGAUAUCCAGCUGUUGGAUCAGUAGUAUGUUCAUUCAGUCUGCUUUACCUCAUGUGUCGCUGUAGCAGGAUCAGGAACAGGAUGUAAUGGUUGUUUCAGCACAAUCAAAGUUCAGAUCUGUACUUUAUAACACUAUUAUCUGAGCUUCUGUCUGUGCGACUGCAUCAACAUUCACGGUUUUUUUCUGUGAGGUCCUGAAGCGGCGUCUAUAAGUGACCACUGUAUCCUUGCAGGGAUUUCCUGAACCUCGAAAAAGAGCAAAGAAUUCCCAGAAUACAGUGAGACGGACACAGAGAUACAGCUGUAGUUGCGGUCAGGUCAUGCCCAGCAGAAUGAGUGGAAUGUGGAGCUGGACUCUGUUAGAGAAAGGAAGCUUUGUCUCUCUGACUUUGUCUGUCUCUCUGACUUUGUCUGUCUCUCUGACUUUGUCUUACAUACUAAGUGCCCUAAAAGAUCCCCCAUUCAUUUUAAAACUGUAACAAAACAAAUGAAAUUACCCAGUUAGUUUUAUCUUGCAAUCAGACUUAUCUUCAACUUAAAGUUCUGAAUAAAACCUGGAACUUUGUUUGUGGAGGCACAUGCUGCUGUUGAGUUUUUCAAAUGUCAAUGUCAGCGCUUUGAGCAGCACAAACAAACUAUCUCCAGCGUAUUGGGGUGGCAGAUGUCUCAGCUGUGGAUGUUUCCAAAACAAAACAAUUUGCAUUGCUAGAUAGCACGUUAAUGGGAAAAUCGAAAAAGUGACAUUUGGGUGAACUGACCUUUCAAGAUCAGGGAGCAAGAAUGGAAAAAUGUUCUGAAAAUAAAUGCAUUGAACAAUGAAUGACAUUGAACACAGCUUGAACAAUGAAAAUAUGACCAAAACUUUAUCAAUCACACAUAUUAAAUCCAGGACUUUCAAAUCAUAUUGACAUACAAACAACAUUUUUAAUGAUUUUGAUGCUUCAGUUGUGUUUUUGUGUUAUUAUUUAUUGAACUGGAAGCCCCUGAAUCCUGGUUUCAAAUUACUUUUGUAUUUCUAGUAAUAAAAAAAAGGACUGACAACAAUCAAGGGUAAAGUUUAGAGGAAAAAAAUACUCUUGGAUUUUAUUUAUGAGUUUAACAUUCAACUGAGCUCUGUCCACUCUGAAAAGCAAAGAGAGAAACACAAAUACAGAAAACUCAAAUACAGAAAAUAACCAAAAUUGGCACAAAAUCUGUUUUUUAAUGACCUUAAAACUAAAGAAAAGUGUUGCACAUUGUCAUCUGUCUGGCUUCUGAAAUCUAUUUUAAGCAACACUAAGGUUUGUCUUUAGGAUUCAGGUGAUAAGUCAUGAAUUGUUCUACACCUGCAUGAACCAGGUAUCGGAGAACACACUCGAUCAGACUGAAAACAGCUGUUUGUAUUUAGUCGGAAGGUAAAAAGAUGCUCAGAGGGCGACACACUGUCUGACGUGCUUUGUUUCAUCUGCGACAGAGCAGCUCUGUCCAGUUACCCUGGCUCAUUUAAAACCACUAAGAUAGAUUUAUUUUGUAUUUUUCUGAUGAAGGAAUGGCGGUGUACAUUUUUAUGGAAAUUUUCUAUCGCUCUUUUUACAAUAUCUGUGAAUAUGCAAAUUGGUUCUUGCUCUAAUAAAUGAAGGAACGUGAUUUAUUUUAAUAUUCAGUCAUAGAAUCUAGUUAUGGCAAUCUGUGUUAUUUAGCUGAUACGAGAAGAAAUGAUCUUGCUCUCUGUUUUAAUGUUGUUGAAUCAUGUUUUCUUUUUGUCUUUGUAAAGCCAGUUGACAUAAUUUCAGCAAAUACGAUGAAUGAAGGACGCUAAAUGCAGCACAGUUUUGAAAAGGCACAAACGGACCGAUAAAGCAAACCUGGGACUCGAUUGUAUCUGAAAACUGCUGCAACUUAAAUUAAUUCUUUCAUUUUUAUUGAAAAUAUGCUACAAAAAUCAAAAUGUAUAAUUUAGCCUAUUUUUUGUUUUAUUUUCCGAAUGUAUCUUUUUUUUUUAAAGUGGGGAUGUAAUAACUCCUGUAAUGACUGUAAUCUUUUUUUAUUAUCUGGAAAUAGACCUAAUUGUGACCUUA